GCUUGACGUUUGCCGACGCGAGAGAAACCCUAAGGGUUCCAACGAGCGAUCAAAAUUUGCCAUCCGCUUCAUCCCCCACCAAAAAACGCUUGAAAUCAUCUGAAGAACCUCCAAUCCUUCCAAAUUCUCCCAUGUCCACUUGAAUCCGUCGGAGUUUCUAUCACCAGAAAGUCUAGUAGAAAGCUGGGAGCGUUAACCCUCUCCGAUACUUUACCCUAGACUCAUCAGCUUCUUCCCGCUGAGGCCGCUCAAGUUUCUCCCCUUUCUCUUGUGUGCGGGGCCUUCUUUCUUUGAGCUAGCUGAGGAGGAAUCUGUGGUGAUCUCGAGGUUUUAGUUAUUAUCUUUGGCCUUUUCCUAGUCAAUUGUCAAAUGGCCACAUCUAUGGGAAUGCCAAGGGAUGAUUUGAUUAAGAAUCGAACUGCUAAUCAAAGAGGGAGAGGGAGAGGGAGAGGGAGAGGCCAAGGCCAAGGGCGUGGCCAUGGACGUGGUGAUACUUUCCGUGGAAGGGGAAUGGGCAUGCUUCAUCGAGGCAGUCUCAGUGUUAACAUGCGGCCAUCUCCGUACAAAAUUGCUAAGUCUUUCAGCAGAACAAAGGGUAUGAUAUGGAGGCAUGAUCUCUUUGAUGAUAGCGUUGUAGCUGCAGGCAUUUCAGGAAUCGAAACUGGCACAAAACUUUACAUCUCAAAUUUAGAUUAUGGGGUGUCCAAUGAAGAUAUAAGGGAGUUAUUCUCUGAAGUUGGUGACCUCAAGCGUUAUGCAGUUCAUUAUGACAGGAAUGGUCACCCUAGUGGUUCAGCAGAGGUUGUAUAUACAAGAAGAAGUGAUGCCAUGGCUGCCUUAAAACGAUAUAACAAUGUGCAGCUGGAUGGGAAGCCUAUGAAAAUAGAAGUUAUAGGCACUAAUCUAGGCUUGCCUGUCACUCCUCGUGUGAAUGUUGUAGGUGGUCCAAAUGGUAGAGGAAAAAGGACAGUUGUUAUGACCCCGCAAUUUGGUCGAGGUGCUUCAAGUUCUUUCAAUCGUGCUUCCGGGAUAACUCGUGGAGGCUUCCAGCGAGGCCGUGGUCGUGGCCAUCUCAAUGCUAUUUCCAGUGGCAGAGGCAGUGGUCGUGGCCAUCUCAAUGCUAUUUCCAGUGGCAGAGGCAGUGGUCGUGGCGGUGCCAGUGCCAGAGGCCGUGGUCGUGGGAGGAAGCAAAACCUUGAGAAGUCAGCAGAUGAGUUGGACAAGGAGUUGGAGACCUAUCACUCUGAAGCAAUGAAUACAUCUUAAUUUGGUUUGAGGUCCAAUUUGGAAGUCUUGUAUGCCUGUUUAAAAGGGGUUGAUGGAGGUAUCAUACUGGUGUUUGCACUCUAGUAUAUUGCUUGUUGGACACACAAUAACAAUUUUAUUGUUGUGUUUGCCGGAACCAGAUACAAUGUGUGAAGAAGCCUCACUCGAGGAUGAGAUCUGAACAUAUCCACAGUAGUUUGGAUGUCCUUUUUGCAGAAUGCAGUGGUCCGAGAAUAAGAAAACCCAGCAGUGUGCAUGAUCGUGGCAGACACAGACAGCUAGUCCCAUGGUUUUCUUGUAUUUUUCAGGCAUUCAUGAGUUGCAUCAGGAGUGAAGAAGAUUUCUAUAUUUUGGCUUUUGGAGAUGUUUACAAAGGCUUCUUGUUUUUGUU